UCUUGUAUGAUUAUUUGUAACGGCCAAGGACCAGUAGUAUCCGCGCAACCUAUUUGUCUCAAUUUCGGAGAAGUGCAUGUGCUCCAAGAAAAAGUUAUGAAUUUUCAUAUAAUCAACGACUCGCCAAUACCAGCGCAAUUUAAAUUAGGAUCACCUACGAAAAAAUCACCGUGGCUUGUUGAGCCAACUGUUGGUGAAGUUGGACCGAAUGAAUCUGCGGAGAUUAAAGUUAAACUAUUUUUGUGCGACACUGGUAAAUACAGUGAUAAUAUAAUCGUGCAUGUCAUCAACAGUCGGUCGAUUUCCAUUAAUAUAAUUGCGACUGGAAUUGGUUGCAGCAUUAUUUUUGAGCCGCAGAUAUUUCCAAUAUUUGACAUGGGUUUUCUCUUUAGCCACCAAAAUUUGAGCUUACCAAUAACCAUAAAAAAUUUUGGCACUCGUCAUUGUCAAAUAAUAUGGUCGAAUGAUCCAGAAGUGCGCAUCCAGAAAAGCCAAACUUGGCCAAAAAAUGAAAUCUUGGUCGAAGAUUGGUAUAUAUUUGAACAGAUAUUCGGACAAGGAAAGCGGAAAUUGAUCGGAACCUCAACAUUUAAAGCUACAUUUACAGAACCACGAAUUACGUUUAACAAAAGAGAGUUAACCUUUCAUAUUGAUAUAUGUCCCGAGGGAAACGAAUUGCAACAGACAGAUGAAUUAAUAGUGACAAAUCGAUCACGAUUAAAUUUAAACGUUUCAUUGUACAUUGAUCCUCCUUUUUAUUUGAUAAACAAUAAGAAAAAGUUAAUACAUAAAAAGAAAAUUGUUCUAACGGAUGGAAGUACAACGACGAUUCCGAUAAAAUUUUCGCCAAAUAUAAAUCCUGAUAAUCCUUAUUCACGAAAUUAUAGCGGCGUGCUCUGGUUUGAAUAUGACGAGCAUCCUAAUAAGGACAAAAUUCAAUGCAAAGGUGCGGUAAAUUUUCCAAAUAUUACAUUAUUUUGCAAAGAUUUGGUUAUUAAUUGUGUUUCGGGUUCAACCGCAAAAGAAACAUUGAAGAUGACUAAUAAUGGACCAGUUCCUAUAAUAUACAAAUUUCUAUGGGCCGGAGAGAGUAUUGAAAUUCAACGUGCAGCACAUAAUGUUGCAGUCGAGAAUUUCGCAAAUCAUACACAACUACAAAUUAACACAGAACAUAACAAAUUUAAUUCCUACUCUUACGAGAUCAAAAAUAAAUCGGAGAUUCAGGAAACUGAAAGUCAAGUUCUCGAUUUAUCGACUUCAACAUCAUAUGACCUACGAGAUUCAGAGUCGGAGACUCUGCUAAUAAAAGUUCGGUCAGAAACGCUGGAUGAAACGCUGGAAAAAUUAAGAAAUAUUUUUAUAUUAACGACAGAAACAUCCUAUUUACGACACCUAGAUGAUCCAGAAAUUCUUGCUCUAAUAGAUCCAAAUUUCGAGCUUCCUACAAAAGAGUUACUCGACGAUAUACUUGAUAUCAUCCCGCACGAAGGCAUUCUCGUUCCAUACUCCUCGCAAUAUGUGCGCUUCAUUUUCCAUGCUUCUGAGCCUAUGCAGGUCAAAGUUGUUGCGCUUUGUGAAAUUCUUCAGGGACCUACUGAAGUAGUUAAUGUGUUUGCCAGCUCAGAUAUCGUUCAGUAUUCCGUUGACAAACGGGUCAUCGAUUUUGGUCAACAGGUAACUCACGCAGAUCCAUUAACAAUAACUGCAAAAGGUAUUACAAGUUACCCACAGGUUUAUCCCUACAUCUUUCGUGACAUAUCUAAGCAAUACUCUGCGGAAUUGGGAUACCGAGCGGUUCAACUACUAAGUCCGGACUAUAUCGUGAUGAAAAAACGAGAAAUAAAACCGCAAUAUAUUACAAUGGACAAUGACAAGCCAAAGAGUCAAAUAUCCGAAUGGGACGAAAGAAUUUUAUUAUAUGAUGGAUGGGGUUUAAUUUCAUACGAAGAAAUAUUUCCCAGUAUUGUCGACAUUGAGAUGUCGAUUGAUAGACUUCUGGCGACUCGAUUUAUCAAAGAGAAUACUUCUAGCUUGAUAAAACAUCCCCUUUCGCAGAAGAACGCAGUUAUUCCUUUUCUCUAUACUGCUAAAUAUGUCAUAGAUAUGGAUUACAUUGCGAUCGAUCUUCAAACGUGUUAUACGAUAACGAUUGUCAAUUACGGGCCUUGGAACGCGGACGUUACAAUAAAAAAAUUAGAAAAGAAGCGACUUGAGAAUUCCGGCAUUCUCGUGCAAUUUGAGAAGGCAAUAUUAACUGUCGGAAAAACUACGUGCCUGACUAUUACGUGGCAGCCAACAAGAGCCAAGUAUACUGAAAGAAGCACGGAAGAACAGCACUCGAUUUAUUUAGAAAUAUCCCGUGGUUCUACCAUUCCCAUAAUUAUAAAAGGUGUCGUUACAUAUCCAUUCGUGACUGUUAACACAAAGUUAUUAGAUUUUCAAAAUGUCAUUGUGGGAGAAUGUUUAAUGAUGAGAGUUUUAGUGACAAACGAGUAA